UCCUCCCCACACCCAAUUCUUCUUCCUUCUUCUUCAACCGACUCUCAUUUCAUAUUCAAAUGGGAGUUGUAAGCAUGAAAGUCCAUCGCCACUUACCUCCAACCACAACAACAACAUCAGCCUUCUUCUGGGAACAGCAAGAUCAGCAACAACUACAACCACCUUCUCUCUCCCUCUCCUUCCCCGCUCAACACUCUUCUUCUACGAAGCGAUUACGCCCUCUCGCUCCGAAACUAGCUUCUCCUCCUCCUCCUCCGUCCUCCUUCGACCUCAAGAGCUUCAUUCGGCCCGAAAGCGGGGCCAGAAGGGCAUCCACCUCCCCAUCCGACGACAACAACAAACACUCGCCGACUGCCACGAGCCAACACCCGGGAGGGACGAGGUGGAACCCGACCCAGGAACAGAUAGGGAUCCUCGAGAUGCUGUAUCGAGGCGGAAUGAGGACCCCUAACGCUCAGCAGAUCGAGCAGAUCACCUCCCAGCUUGGGAGGUACGGGAAGAUCGAGGGCAAAAACGUCUUCUACUGGUUCCAGAAUCACAAGGCUCGCGAGCGCCAAAAGCAAAAGCGCACCUCACUCGGCCUCCUUUCCCACUCUCCCCGUUCUGCUGCCACCCUUGACAUUCGGCUGGCGGGGGCAGAGAUGACGAUGAGUCAAUCUCCAUGCAAGAGGAAGUGCAGGAGUUGGGGGAUCCAACCAUCGGAAGUUGCCGACCGUCAAUGUAAUAACUAUUAUUAUCAGCGGGAGAGCAGCGGUGGGUCGUCGAAUAGUGGCAGCAGCGGAGGAGGAGAAGAGGACGAUGAGAAGGUGGCGGCGGAGGAAGAGGCUGGCGGCGGAGGAGAUAGGACGCUGGAGCUUUUCCCGCUGCAUCCAGAAGGCAGGAGAUUGUCGCCGUCCGCAUCGUAAUCAUGAUGAGAAUAAUUAGCUAGCUGGCUGUUAUCAUUCCGUCUUUAAUUACUUCCAUUUAAUAUAUCUAUGAGUACUAAAGUAAUGAGCUUAGUACCUACGUACAAUUAAGUAUCUUCCUUUGCCUUUGCUUCGUCGCCUUAAAUUAAGAAGGAGAUAGGGUGGAAAUUAAAACAAAAAAAGAAGGAAAAAGUGGGGUGCUUGCUUUGUUGCAGCAGCUGCAACGCAACUUUGUUGUAGGCUUUGUCUGUGUGGACUUGGGAAUUGGCAAAAAAAAGCUACGUACCUA